CCGGUGGCCAGUUCAAAGUUGGUGUUUGAACGGCUCCAUCCACAUCACGUGGCCCUGUUCACAAAAACCUCUCUUUCUGUAUGAUUCAUGCCGAAAGACAUUGCUCAACCCAGCCAGCACCGCACGCCCACUAUACUUGACCACCCCUCGUAUUUACCCAAUAAUUUUCACUCAACCCAGUGGCCAUAAUAAGUCUCGGCUCACCAUGUCAAUCGGCGGGGAGGGCGAGUCUGCCCAUCCUCUUAAGAUAUUCGAUAUCACCAGGAAACAAGACCGGUUUCUGAACGCCCUUGCACCUAUGGUGCGGUAUGGAAAGCUUGCCUUUCGCCAAACAGUUCACCAGUAUGGCGUUGAUCUCUGCUGGACGCCCAUGGUCCUCGCGAAGGAGUUCAACCGCAACAGCUUCGCACGCGACAGCGACAUAACCGUCUCGACCAACCCCGGCCAGCCGGUCACCAUCGUCCAGUUCGGCGCCAACGUGCCGCUCGAGAUGGCGCGCGCGGCGGCCCUCGUUGCGCCGAGCACCAACGGCGUCGACCUCAACUGCGGGUGUCCGCAGUCGUGGGCGUGCGCGGAGAAGCUCGGCGCCGCGCUCAUGGGGCACCGCGAGUUGGUGCGGGACAUGGUUGUCGAGACGCGGCAGCGGUUGGAGAGGGAUGGAUGGCAUGUGGGCCUAGAGAGGGAUAUCGACAGUCCCAAGGGCCGGAGCGUCAGUGUCAAGAUCAGAAUCCACGAUGACCUCAGGAGAACCAUGGACUUUCUUGAUACCGUGAUAGGACACCCUCAGAAUCGGCUUGUUGACUGGGUCACCAUCCACCCAAGAACAAAGUCCACGCCCUCCACCAUUCCCAUCAGAACUGAAGCUCUCGAGAUCCUCACCGCCAAGUAUGCUGGAACUCUCCCCAUUCUCCUCUCCGGCGAUGUUUUCGACAUCAACUCGCUGCCGCUGCAGCCCACCAUCACCACCAACAACGACACCCCCCUCGUGUCCCUCGCUACGCUCACCCUCAAUUCCACCACCUCUUCUAAGCCGACACCAUCGCCCAGCAACACUAACCUCUCUGGCUUCAUGUCUGCUCGCGGACUCCUCGCCAACCCCGCGCUGUUCGCCGGCUACUCGGCCUGCCCUUGGGACGCCGUCGAGACCUUCAUGUGCAACGUCGCCCGCUGUCCCUUGCCCUUUAAGCUGACCCUUCAUCACAUCCAGGAGAUGUGCGCCCCGGGCAUGGGCGCGGAUAAAUCGUCACUGCUUACCAAGAAGGAGCGGACGCAUAUGACUGGGUUGGCGAACAUGUGCGAAUUGAUCGACUUUCUUGACGAAAUGAUCGACGAAAAGACGGGUCGAGUUGGGGGUCUCAGACGGGAUUUGUGAGCACCUCGACUCAGGGGUAGCAUCGAACCAGACACGACUCGGGACGUAUGUGUGGUUAAACAUGGCAUC